GCUGAUGAUGGAGUCGAUGCCGGUGAAUUGGGAAGCGCUUGACUCGCUCGUCGUCGAUUUCGCCAACUGCGAACGCCUCUUCUUCCUCGACUCCUCCUCCUCUCCCCCGACCUCCCCGCCAAUCUCUCCUUCCUCCUCCUCCUCACCCUCCUCCACUCCCAUCCCAUCCUCCUCCUCCUCCUCCUCCUCUUCCUACCGCUCGCGCCUCCUCAUUCGCCAGAUCCGACGGUCGAUCGAGGCCGGCGACGUCGAUGCCGCCAUCCAUCACCUCCGACUCCACGUGCCCACGGUCCUCGAUGAUCGCCGCAUCCUCUUCUGGCUCCAAAAGCAGAAAUUUAUCGAGCUUUUGAGGAGGGGGACCGAGAGAGAUCGUGAUUUGGCCAUCGAGUGCCUUCGCGUGGCUCUUGCUCCUUGUGCCCUCGAUGCAUACCCGGAAGCUUAUGAGGAGUUUAAACAUUUGCUCUUGGCAUUAAUAUUUAAUAAAGAAGAUCAAAAUUCUCCUGUGGCACAUGAGUGGUCUGAAAGAAGGAGAUUUGACCUUGCUGGACUGCUAUCUUCCAUUCUAAGAGCUCAUUUACAUGCCUAUGAUCCAGUUUUUUCUAUGACUUUGAGAUAUUUAAUAAGUAUUCAUAAAGUAUUUUGCUGCCGUCAAGGUGUUUCAUCCCCUAUAUCAGAUCUCACUGAGCGAUUGCUUCUAGAGGAUAGGGACCCUUCAGCAACCCCUCAAGAGAGUUUGUAUGAGGCACCUCCUUUUGAUGAAGUUGACAUUCAAGCCCUUGCACAUGCUGUGGAGCUGACAAGACAAGGAGCAAUUGAUAGCUUAAGAUUUGCUAAAGGGGAUUUAUAUCAGGCAUUUCAGAAUGAAUUGUGCCGGAUGAAAUUGGAUCUUUCAAUUCUUGACAAGCUUGUCCAUGAGUACUGUGUUUAUAGAGGCAUCAUUGAUGGAGUUUCUAAUUCUCCACCAGGGGAUUGCUCUUCAAACAUAGAAUGCACAAGUAGUAAACUCUCUGAUGGUGAAACUUCUGUGAACAAUGCUGAUGCUGAAGGUUUUCCGGAAUCUUAUGCUGAUGUCAUAAGCAUUGGUGAAUCAAGAUUUGCUAGCGAAGUGAUUAACAAUCAUGAAAAUUGCAGCAUUAGUGAUGUUAAUAAUCAAGAGACUUGUUAUAGAAGGUUGAGAAGGAGCAGAAAUUAUUCAACGGGACAUAGGAGACGAAAAAGGUGGAGGGGCCGGGUUGAGGAGCUGGAAUAUUCGCCACGUUCUUCUGUGCUGGGGAUACCGAAACCAGAAGUUAUGGGUUGGCCACCACGUGGUUCUGAGGAUACAAUUCAGGAAGAACUAGACUGCAAAAACUUGUCUUUCUCUGAGAGUUUGAAAAAUGUAGAGGAUCAUAAAUAUGAGAUUAUUUUAGAGAUGAGGGAACUGGCUUGCAAGGGAAUGGCUGCAAAAGUUGUGGAAGAAAUAAAUGCAAUAGAUCCAGACUUCUUUAUCCAAAAUCCUAAUCUAUUAUUUCAACUAAAACAGGUGGAGUUUCUUGCUCUUGUCCAUAGUGGUGAUCUUGCUGAGUCUCUCAAGGUCGCAUGUACUCAUUUAGGCCCUUUAGCUUCACAAAACCAAGAUCUGUUGAAGCCUUUGAAGGAAACUUUGUUGUGUCUGCUUAAGCCUAGUGAAGAUGCUUUUACAAAAGGGACUCCUUGGCCUAUCCUUGCCACAUCUCUGCAGGUUGCAAUGGGUAAGAAGUUUGGUAUUGAAGAACCACAACUUAUGAGGAUAGUGAGAGCGACACUUCAUACGCACAAUGAGUGGUUUAAGUUUCAGAUGUGCAAAGACCGGUUUGAACAAUUCCUGAAAAUAGAUCAACUGAAAGAUAUUGAUACUCCAAUGUCCAGUAAUCCUGCAGCGAAAGCAUUGUUAGAUGACACUGCAAAUGGAUCUCAGAUCACUAUAUGUUCAAGUAGCAAGAUGCAGGAAGAUGGUGGAAGCCCACAAGCAUCAUCUGGCGAAAAUGUUUGCGAUGAAAAUGCAAUACUUAAAGUUAUGGAAUUCCUGGCUUUGCCGCGGGCUGAUGCGAUUCAUCUUCUCAUGCAAUACAAUGGGAAUGCUGAUACUGUCAUUCAGCAGAUAUUCUCUUAGUUUGUCAUGUAAAUCGUGAUCGAAGAUUUGUCAGGUUUUUUUUUUUUAUAUAGUACAUUUUUUAUUGGAUUGGUUUCACAGAUAUACUUAAUGUGUUUUUCUCGGUGUACUACAGAAGCCUAAUAUGCUCUCACACCAAACUGUAUAAUUAUUUCUAUGCUCUUCAUAGAAUCAAUCCUAUGUUCGUAAACAUCACGUGUCUGUAAUUGACAUAUGCCAACGACUUGGUGUAUUCAGGAGCAGUCAUGAUCCUGA